ACCAAGGGGCAACACGACAAGAAGUUAUUUGGCGACACUGCUGAGGCGGGUCAACAAACAAAUGACCGAAGACUUCGUGUAAAUAUUCGACCUGGAAAAUCGUUUGGCAAUAUUCUUAAGAAGCAGUCUAGGUGGUGUCUUGAAGCUUGUUUCCUUUUGGAUCAGGUUCUUUUCUCUGGAACUAUUUCUUGGGAUCUCGCGCAGAAAGAAACGGAUUGAUAUAAAUCCAAGAAGAAAGCUCCUCAUCCAGAUGCUGACCACCCCUUCCUCGUACGCCCACCCACCAGCUUGCCUGCCCUCUUCCUCCUCCAUACCACCCACCCCCCCUUAUUUCCCGUUCCCCUCCCCGCCAUGCUCCCCAGGCCCUGGGGUGAAGGGGGUUGGCAGGGCCGGGGGGGUUACCCUGCGCUCUCCGGCCACUCGUCACCUCACCCACCUGGACCCCUGGAGGAGACACAGUUGGGAGCCCGGAGCUAUCGUUACGGUGCAGCAGAAGGGGAUGGAACCCAGCGACAACCGCAGUGUGAGUCUGGAGAACCUGGACCCCGAGGAGAUGGAGAAGGUUCUGGGUGUGGCGCUGGAUGUCCGGCGAGGGGGGAGGGAUCCUCGGAGGAACCCCAUUACCCAGGAGGGCUCCCUGUCCUCCCUCACAGAGGAAGAGGCCGGGUCUGACGUGCAGCACUACUCCAUAUUGGAGGAGCAGUCGAACCAGCUGCAGGGUUGCAGUGCAUCGGCCCCGACCCUCAGUGUGGCACGUCACAGAAACCUUCAAAGCACGGCCCCCCGACCACGCUCCGACUGCUACGAGACUUUACCCUACUGUCAACUUGGAGGAUCCACGCAGAGUGUGGAUAGUGACCUGGGUCUGCUGCUCUGGGGGAGAGAGGGAAGCUGGACAGAGGUAGAGAGAGACGAGGCCCGGGAGGAGAGGACAGGCAGCCCUUUAGAGCGCACCUUUAGUUUCCUACGCAAGAUGGCCGGCAACCGCAAGAAUAAGGAGAAAGAACGCAUGAGGGAGAGGGAGAAAGAGGCACGGGACAGGGAGGCGCGCUACAGCAAUGGGCACCUCUUCACCUCCCUCACCGUGUCGGGGACCACCCUCUGUUCAGCAUGCAACAAGAGCAUCACUGCCAAGGAGGCCCUCAGCUGCCCCACUUGUAGUGUCACCAUACACAACCGCUGUCGAGACACGUUGCCCAACUGUGCCAAAAUGAAACAGAGGCAACAGAAGAUGGCUCUCAUGAGGAAUAACUCAGCUUUGCAGAACGUGACCCUUCGUACCAAAACCCCCAUGAUGAGGGAACGCCCCAGCUCAGCCAUCUACCACUCUGACAACCUCCGCCAAUCCCUGCUGGGCUCGCGCCGUGGACGCUCCGGUCUUUCCCUCUCCAAGAGCGUCUCCACUAAUAACAUUACAGGGAACCUGAAUGAUGACUCUCCCUUGGGGCUGCGCAGGAUCCUGUCCCAGUCCACAGACUCGCUCAACUUCAGGAACAGAGCCAUGUCCAUGGAGUCACUCAACGAUGAGGGGGAAGAGUACUACACCUCCAUGCUGGAGGAAAUGGAGAUUGAGGGGCGGGAUUUUGAGGCGGACUCAUGGAGCAUGGCGGUGGACUCGGGCUACCUGCAGACGCAUCGCAAAGACAUCAUCAAGCGGCAGGACGUCAUCUAUGAGUUGAUCCAGACAGAGCUGCACCAUGUGCGGACGCUGCGCAUCAUGGAGAGGGUGUUCCGCCAGGGCAUGCUGGAGGAGGUGCAGCUUGAGCCGGGUGUGGUGCACGCCAUCUUCCCCUGCCUCGACCGUCUCACCGCCAUACAUGCCCGCUUCCUGGCACAGCUGCUCACCCGGCGCAACCACAGCCUACAGCCUGGCAGCACCUACAACUUCACUAUCCAACAGCUGGGAGAUGUGCUACUGGAACAGUUCUCGGGCCAGUGUGCUGACGAGAUGAGGAAGACCUACGCUGAGUUCUGCAGCCGCCACCUGAAGGCUGUCAAGCUCUACAAGGAGCUGCUGGCCAGAGACAAGCGGUUCCAGUACUUCAUACGGCGGGUGUGUCGGGGUCACCUGUUGCGUCGCCAUGGCGUCCAGGAGUGCAUCCUGUUGGUCACUCAGCGUAUCACCAAGUACCCCGUACUCAUCCAGCGUAUCCUUGACAACACCAAGGACAAUGAGGAGGAGGCCUCCUGUCUGGCCCAGUCUCUGACUCAGAUCAGGGAGCUACUCACCUCAGUGGACCAGCAGGUGAUGGAGCUUGAGCGGACCCAGAGGCUGCAGGAGAUCCGGGCCAGGCUGGACCCUCGCGCCGAGGCCAAGGUGAGGGACGGUGGCCUGUUCAGAGGAGGAGAGUUGCUCCGCAGGAGACUCAUCCAUGAGGGAAUGCUGCUCUGGAAAAACCCUGGGUCCAGGCUCAAAGAUGUGCAGGUCCUGCUGAUGACAGACAUCCUAGUGUUCCUACAGGAGAAAGACCAGAGGUUCAUCUUCCCUUGUCUAGAAAAGUCUCCAGUCCUCUCCCUGCAGAACCUCAUGAUUAGGGAGAUAGCCAAUCAGGAGCGAGGGCUCUUCCUCAUCAGUGACUCCUCUCCUCCGGAGAUGUAUGAGGUCCAUGCUGCCUCGAAAGAUGACAAGAACACCUGGAUACGCCUCAUACAACACACUGUCAGGAGUUGUCCUUCCAGGGAAGAGUUCCCGCUCAUAGAGACUGAAGACAAGGCCCUUCUGAGACGACUGAAAGCGGACAUCCAGCAGAAGGACCGGGAGGUGCUGGAGCUGCUCCAGGAGCGAGUCACCCUGUUCUCAGACCUGGCCGAGGUGACAGGGGGCCAGGAGAUCAUGCUGCCGGGGGGCCCCAACUCCCGGAACCUGUUCCGGGCUGACAUGCCCCAGGUGCCACUCGGCGAGAGACUGCUCACGGACGCCAUCGCAGAGGUGGAUAGGCUGAGUGAACUACUGCUGGGCUCCACCUUUGCAGUGCCUCUGCCCUGCAGUUUCAACGGUCACCCGAACCACACGGGAGCACUAGUGAUCAAUGGCCAGGAGGUGGUUCUCAAUGGAAUGCACGGGUGCCCAGCAGCAAAGGACUGGAAUGGGAAUCAGGCUGGAGAUAGGCCCUCAACCGAGGAAGUGUAUCAGAGGCUGGUCAACCUUAGUGCCCACCUUCAUGCCCUCCAGGGCACUGUGAUCAAGCAGGACUCCAUCCUGGAGCUCUGCCUGCGCUCUGAUGGCCCGCCAGGUGAUGCCCCGACCACGCCCACCGGACGGGUGUGGCGCUCCCUGUCACGUGACGCAGGCAUGGCCGAGGCCAGCAUGGGGGCGGCCAUUGGGGAGCUGGCCCUGCUCCAGAGGCAGCACAGCCUCCUGCAGGAGGAGCUGGGUAGGCUGCGAGGGGCCGAUGGCCGCCUGAGGGAUAGCGAAAAAGCCCGAGCCCAGCUGGAGAGGCAGGUCCGCGACAUGAAGGUCCACAGUACCACCGUGUUUGACAGUGUGGGACCUGCAGGCUCAGAGCAGGAUCCACCCCUUCGUAAAGCAAGUGAAACCAACGCGGACACCAAAUUGGCCAGCCAAGGGUCAAUCGAGCAUUCGGAGGGGCAUCAGGAAAGCAGUGAUGUGGAGGUGACGUCAGAUGAGGAGGAGGAGGAGGAGAAGGAGGCCAAAGCGUCACCGCGCUCGGAGAGUCCCCGAGAUCUUCAGGACAUUCCAGAGGAGAGCGAAGCCACAGCAGAACUACCACGAGAGCCUGACGUGUCACAUUGCUAAUGACCCUCCAGAAACAAAGACUGGACCCCACCUCCCCUACUCUCAAAAAUAGGCCGAAGAGAACAAGAGAACUGAACUUGAAAUA